AUUGCUAGUGCAUAUGCAUAGGCCUUCCAAUAUAUAUAAGAAAAUCUUGGAUUUCUAGGACUUGUUCAUUCAUAUGGAACAUCAAGCCAAUGAGUUUACAAUUCAAAUGUCAAAGUUUGUGGUCAAAGUUGGACCAUGUCUUGCAGAGUGAGUCAAUUUGAUUCCGUAGUAGCAUCUGGGCCAAUAUGAUAGAUACUGAUGACAAGGUAACUUACCAGGUAGAUUCUAAAAUCUUGCAAGAAAGAACAAUUAUACACCUGGGAAGGAGAAUUUGACACGACUCAAACACCUAUCAGCAGCCAAUUCAAGCUUUUUCCUUUGGCUUACUGAUCAAGAAAUAAUUUAAUUUGCAGCUGAAUUUGUCAAUGAACAUUAAAUUUUAGGCCUAACAGGGGCCUGAUUUCGCCAGGUGUAUGGUGUACCUUGAGGAUAACAAUUUGUGUACUGGUGUUAUCAUGUUUGUAUAUAUAAAUAACUGCUCUUUGUUGUGAGAGUAGCAGGCAAAUUAAUGUUGCUGCCACGAUCUACUGAAAUUCAACUUGAUUUUCAAGAAGUCAAGAAAUAGAGAAAUUUUAAGAUGGAAAGCAAUUUUGGAGAGGGAGAAUCCAAUCAUCAUGUGAUAGAUAUGUGGAAAGUAGACCCAGAUAGAUUAGCUUCCAUGCAGCUCAAGAUUUCAGAGAAUCCAAAAUUGCUAAGCAAAGCUGCAGGGAGAAGAUCAUGCUGCAUCUUCAGGGUUCCUCAGGGCCUCAUUGAAGCAAACGGCAAAGCCUACCAACCCCGCAUCGUCUCCAUAGGACCUUACCACCGUGGCCAACCUCGUCUGAACAUGAUUGAAGAGCACAAAUGGCGCUACCUGGGUUCUCUUCUCUCAAGAACACAAACCAAAGGCCUAACCUUGGAGAAGCUGUUAGAAGCCAUUGCUCCUUUAGAAAAUGAAGCUAGAGAAUGCUACUCUGAAACAAUCCAACUUGACUCUCACGAAUUCAUUGAAAUGAUGGUCCUAGACGGGUGCUUCAUCAUUGAAUUGUUCCGUAAAGUUGGCAAAUUAGUCCCUUUCGAACACGGUGACCCGCUCAUUACCAUGGCGUGGAUAUUGCCCUUCUUUUACAGAGACUUUCUCAAGCUUGAAAACCAGAUCCCUCUCUUCAUCCUCCAACGCCUUUUCGAAAUUUCACAACUCCCAGGAGAAACGACAGCGUUGACAACGCCAACGCUAUCAUUUCUCGCAAUGGAGUUCUUCAAUUACUCGCUGCAGAGACCGGACGAAGUGAUUAACACUACUUCAUCCAGCCUCUGCACCGCAAACCACUUGCUCGAUUUGGUUCGGUCGAGCUUUGUAGUGGUAGAAGAAACAGAGAAAAACAGAAUCACCACACCAACGCACGUGAUCCACUGCGUCUCGAAGCUUCGCCGCGCGGGGAUUAAGCUCAUUCCGGGGAAGCUCAACGAGAGCUUCCUGCACGUGACGUUCCGGCAUGGCGUGAUCGAGAUGCCGAUGAUCACCAUGGACGAUUUCAUGACCUCUUUCUUGCUAAACUGCGUGGCGUUUGAGCAAUGCUACAGUGGCUGUUUCACUAAGCAGUUCACAACCUACGUGACCCUCUUGGAUUGUCUCAUAAACACUUAUAGGGACGUUGAGUAUUUGUGUGACAGGAACAUCAUUGAGAACCAUUUUGGGACAGAGGGUGAAGUUGCGAGUUUUAUCAACAAUGCAGGGAAAGAUGUGGCGGUUGAUUUGGAUUUGUGUUACUUGUCACGGUUGUUCAAUGAGGUUCAUGAGUACUAUCGGAAUAGUUGGCAUGUGCAGUGGGCGAGUUUUAAGUACACGUAUUUUGAUACUCCAUGGUCAUUUAUUUCAGCUCUGGCAGCGUUAGUGUUGCUGAUUCUUACUAUUGGUCAGACCUACUUUGCUGCUUAUGACUACUUUGAUGGCUCAAAUUCUUGAUCUGAGAGUGUCUCUAUGUGUCAAAAUAGUUUUGCAUCAAGAUUAAGGUGUUUGUAUAAUGAUAAGUUCAGAUUCUGUAAUCCAAUUUUGAUGAUGGAAGAUAAGUGAUAAAUGUGAUAUACCAAUAUGAUGUCAUUGGAAGAGAGAAAUACAGAGAACAAUGGCACGUAUGUACUGUUUUGCAAAUCAAAAUUGUUAUUCUUAUA